UAUAAUUAAUCUACUAAUGAAUUGGAGGCAUAAGCUAUCCCCUGGACAUCAUUGUCCAACAGUGCAUGGAGUUUAUGUAAAAGCAUGGUGUGUCUUUAUUUUUUGCUGCAGAAUACAGUUGUGAAUAUGGCUCGCUCAAGUUUUAUGCUCUCUGUGGCGUUGGUGGGGUCCUAAGUUGUGGCCUGACACACACUGCUGUUGUACCUCUGGAUUUAGUGAAAUGUCGUAUGCAGGUUGAUCCACAAAAAUACAAGAGCAUCUUCAAUGGAUUUUCAGUGACAGUCAAAGAAGAUGGCGUUCGUGGCUUGGCUAAGGGAUGGGCUCCAACCUUUAUUGGCUAUUCCAUGCAGGGGCUUUGUAAAUUUGGUUUCUAUGAAGUUUUCAAAAUCCUAUAUGGCAACAUGCUGGGAGAGGAAAAUGCUUAUUUGUGGCGUACUUCGCUAUAUUUAGCUGCAUCUGCCAGUGCGGAGUUUUUUGCUGACAUUGCUCUGGCUCCAAUGGAAGCUGCUAAAGUUCGUAUUCAGACACAGCCUGGAUAUGCUAACACUCUGCGGCAGGCUGUACCCAAAAUGUUUGGAGAAGAAGGCAUCUGGGCUUUCUAUAAAGGUGUUGCUCCACUAUGGAUGAGACAGAUUCCAUACACAAUGAUGAAAUUUGCUUGCUUUGAACGUACUGUUGAAGCUCUCUACAAGUACGUCGUUCCCAAGCCACGAAGUGAAUGUACAAAAGCAGAACAGCUGGUAGUCACAUUUAUUGCAGGUUAUAUUGCUGGUGUGUUCUGUGCAAUUGUUUCCCAUCCUGCUGACUCUGUGGUGUCUGUGUUGAACAAAGAAAAGGGCAGUUCUGCUUCACAGGUUCUUAUGAGGCUUGGAUUCAAAGGUGUAUGGAAAGGUCUGUUUGCUCGUAUCAUUAUGAUUGGUACCCUGACUGCACUACAGUGGUUCAUCUACGAUUCUGUGAAGGUUUAUUUCAGACUUCCUCGUCCACCUCCACCUGAAAUGCCAGAAUCUCUGAAGAAGAAGCUUGGUCUAACUGAAUAGGCAACUCAUGGACUGACUGUACUGGCUGUCCCAGUGAUGAGUUUCACGAAACUUUUAUAUAUUUGACUAGUAGAAAACAAACUCUAUACGAUGUCAUUAUUGGCUGUGCCCUCAUCCUGCAUGAGGGUUUAAAUUCUACCACUGUCAUUGCCUGAAAUAAAUGAGAAACAGAGUGCUUAGUGUCUGUUUACUACUGCAUAUGUAAGCUUCAUUUCAUAGCAAAUACCUCAAGUAAUUCCCGCCCCCCCCCAAAAAAAAAACCAAAACAAAACCCACCAAAAUUAUUCUACACUUAAGGAACUAGAAAAUUAUUAAACCGUUGUAACAAAAAUAGACUUUCAAUGUUUCCAGAGAAGUGCCAAGAGCCUGUUUUUGCAGAACUACAGAAACUAACUGCAGUUCUGUGCACUUCAAGUCCACUGUUUUACUUGCCUAUAAUAAGCUGUUACUGUAGAACUGCUGAGCUCCUGAAUGGCCGAGAUGGGACUGCAGCCUGGUAGGGCAUCCUGGUCAUAGCAUCGCUGUUCUCUAUAGAGA